AUGGCAGACGAAGUCACCGCCCACCAGCGUCAUUCUUCGAAGAACAAAGGUUCCGAGACCCAUUCCCCUGAGGAAUUUCCCAGCAUUGAAGAAGGCAAACAAACUUCAGCAAAUGGGGUACUGGAAGCCCUGGGAUACGAGCCUGAACUCGUUCGAAACCGCUCCACGCUUCAGGUAGCUUUCAUGUCCUUCGUACUGGCAGCUAUUCCGUACGGACUGGCUACAACUUUUACCUACCCUCUUGUUGGGGGAGGCCCUGUCAACAUAAUUUGGGGAUGGCUUGCCGUCUCUUUGAUUACCCUAUGUGUGGCUGCCUCACUUGGCGAAAUAACCUCGGUCUAUCCAACUGCCGGAGGGGUCUACUACCAGACAUUUAUGCUAUCUCCACCGUCAUACCGAAGAAUCGCAUCAUGGAUUUGCGGAUGGUCAUAUGUUGUUGGAAAUAUCACUAUCACACUUGCAGUCAACCUUGGGAGUACUCUUUUCUUCGUUUCGUGUAUCAACGUUUUUGAAUCUGCUCCAGGGGUGGGAAUCUUCCAAGCGGAAACAUACCAAGUUUUUCUUAUAUUUGUCGCAGUCACACUUCUCGCUAAUGCAGUAUCGGCCUUUGGGAACAAAUGGCUACCUUACCUUGACACAUUCGCAAUAUUCUGGACAUUUGCAGGAGUGUUGGCUAUUGUAAUAUGUGUUCUCGCAAUUGCGAAAGAAGGUAGACAUGAGGCCAAAUAUGUUUUUACUAGUUUUGAACCCGAAUCUGGUUGGCCAGCAGGCUGGUCCUUCUGCGUCGGACUUUUGCAGGCAGCUUAUAGCACUUCUUCUACUGGCAUGGUGAUUUGUAUGUGUGAAGAAGUCCAGCAACCAUCAACACAAGUUCCAAAAGCAAUGGUUGGAACAGUCAUUCUGAACACCCUCGCCGGAUUUAUCUUCCUUGUUCCAUUGGUCUUUGUGCUCCCCGACACAAAGGCUUUAGCGGCUCUAGAAUCCGGUCAACCAGUUCCGAGUAUUAUCAAGUCCGCUAUUGGAAAUCCAGUUGGAUCAUUCCUGCUUCUCCUGCCAUUGAUAGUGCUCUCUCUGUUCUGUGUCAUAGGCUGUACCACGGCUGUCUCCCGAAGCACAUGGGCAUUUGCCCGUGAUGGGGGUAUACCAGGCUCCGUAUGGUGGAGGCAGGUAAACAGAGACGGCGUACCUUUUAAUGCCAUGAUGCUUGGCAUGGUUGUUCAAAUACUGCUUGGAUUCAUUUACUUCGGGUCAACUACUGCAUUUAAUGCUUUCACGGGUGUCGGAGUUAUUACCCUGACUGUCAGCUAUGCUUGUCCAAUCGUCGUGUCUCUUGCUGGAGGCCGACGACACAUAAAGAAUGGCCAAUUUGACCUUGGUACACUCGGGCUGGUUUGCAAUAUUGUGGCACUGGCGUGGAGUAUUCUUGUCAUUCCAUUAUUCUGCAUGCCUUCUUCAAUCCCUGUUGCUGCAGAUACGGUCAACUACGCACCGGUGGUGUUUGUUGCGUUUAUACUAAUUGCUUCUGGAUGGUACUGGGUUUGGGGGUACGAGAAGUAUAUUGGGCCGCCAACAAUGGAUGAUGAGUUUCGCUCAUCAGACUGGUAA